CAGACGUUACAGCAACCACAUUUGCAGGUAGCACCGUCCCGCCCCGUCUCUUUUCUAGGAUGGAUCUAUGGUCAAAGCUUGUACAUACCUAUCUUCAAUUCUAUCUCUUAAACUUCCGCGACCCCAAAUCUCAACUGAUUUAAUUUAGGUACUAGUGAAGCUGAGAAGGGGCACAUUAUUGAUUCCACGACCCGAAACAAUCUAUUUAGAUGCCCGCCAGAACGGUGCUAAUCACGGGCUGCGGCCCGCACGGCAUCGGCUCCGCCCUCGCGACCGAGUUCCACGUGCGGGGCCACCGCGUCUUCGCCACGGGGCUCGACGAGGCGCUGCUCACCCACCUGCAAGCCCUCGGCAUCGAGACGCUAGUCCUAGACGUAACGUCACCGGCCUCCAUCGAGCGCGCCGCAUCGCACGUCGCGAAACUGACCGACGGCAAGCUCGACAUCCUCGUCAACAACGCGGGCGUGAUGCACGUGAUGCCCUUCGCGGACUCCUCCGUCUCCGACGCGCGGCGCGUCUUCGACGUCAACGUCUUCGGCACGAUCGCCGUGACCCACGCCUUCCUGCCGCUCCUGCGCUCCUCCUCCGCCGUAGGCUCGAAGAAGAAGAAACACGAUGAUAGCGGUAGACCCGGAAGCGAUGCGAUCGUCGCCAACAUCGUCAGCAUCAACUCGGAGCUCCGACCCCCUUUCUUCGGCCUCUAUAACGCGUCGAAGGCCGCCGUCGAGGUCCUCGGCGCGUCGAUGCGGCCCGAGCUCGCGCCGCUCGGCAUCCGCGUCGUGGCGGUUAAGACCGGGUGCGUGGGCAGCGAUUUGUUCGCCAACGCGCCGGUGGCGCGGCUGCCCGAGCGCAGCUGGUACGGCGCUGCGCGGGCGUGGAUCGAGGGGCGCCGCAUGUUGGAGGUCGCGAGGAAUGAGGAUCCUGCUGUUUACGCGAGGGGUGUGGUGGAGGAGCUGCUUAGGCCGCGGGUCAAGAAGGUUGUUUGGCGGGGCGGGCUGGCGUUUUUCGCGUGGGUGAUGAGUUGGUUUGGGUGGGAGGGUAUGAUGGUAUGUUUGUCCCGUUACGCUACGGCUGCUGAUUGCUGACUAGGGGGUAGGAUGCUAUUUACAUCCGUGAGAAUAGGAUAAACCUGUGCGCUAGCGAUGGUUCGUGAGACGGAUGGGGGUGGUCUCGGCACUUGCUUAAGCUCGUGGGGCAUGAGGCUCCGCCGGUCUUCAGCUACCGGCCUUUCCGCGGAGCAUCGCAAAAUUGUCGGGUUAUUGGAACUGUGUGAAUAGACUGCGUGCCCCUACCUAGGUAUACAGACUAAAAUAAACUCAUUGAGUUCCACAUCCAAGUCGCAUAUCGCAACAACCAAGGCAUUAGUGGUUUAGUGGUAAAAUCCAUCGUUGCCAUCGAU